AUGAAAUCCAGGCGCCAACGUCAAUGGGCCAAGACUGGAUACAGUCCCUCGGACUCACUCCAGCCAUCAUUCUGGCUGCACAGCUCUGAGCGACGGAAGUUCCAGAGCACUGCUCAAGGGCAGCUCCACACAGAGUGCCUGCAAGUCGCCUCGUCUAGAUGGAACCUGGGGAUGCACCACAGUGGCCAGAUCUUUCCAGCCCAGCAAAAGCUGCUACUGGCUAAGCAGGUGCAGCUGGGCUGCAUACUUUGGGGCAGUAGGGUAGUGAUUCCACCUCCGCUCCAAAAGCGUGUUCUAGAAUCCCUACACGAGACUCAUCCCGGCAUAGUGCGAAUGAAGGCUCUGGCCAGGAGCUACGUCUGGUGGCCGGGAAUGGACGGGGAGAUCGAGGGCUGGGUCCGCGGGUGCCAGACCUGCCAGGAAUCCCGGCCCGAACCGCCCAGCGCCCCCGUCACGAGGUGGGAGUCCACCCGGAAACCAUGGUCGAGACUCCAUAUCGACUUUGCGGGCCCAUUCCAGGGGCAGACCUUCAUCAUAAUAGUGGACUCCUACACCAAAUGGCUGGAGGUCAUCCCCGUAGGGUCCACCUCGUCCACAGCCGCGAUCAGAGCUCUGCGCAGGGUCCUAUGCACACAUGGCAUCCCGGACACCAUAGUCUCUGAUAACGGGGCCGCCUUCACCUCAGCCGACUUCCAGGCGUUCCUGCAAAGAUAUCUGAUCAGGCACAUAAGGUCGGCUCCCUUCCAUCCGGCCACCAACGGCCAGGCGGAGCGGAUGGUCCGCACAACAAAGGAGGCCCUCGGCCGAAUUGUACAGGGGGACUGGGACCACAGGCUGGCCGCGUUCCUCUUCGAUAAUCGGAUCACCCCUAACCCGGUCACAGGAGUCAGCCCGGCUGAGCUCCUCAUGGGACGCAAACUCAUAACCCGGCUGGACCGGCUGCAU